CUCGUUCAGAGACGGUGAUACAUGUAAGACCAACAACCAGACGCCACGCAAAUAUUUCACCAAGAAAUACAAUUUCUUGAAAUUUAAAAGUGAAUCUGAAAUUCCAAUUAUUUUCGUGUUAAGAGUAUUUUACAUUAAAGGGUCUCCUUAAAACGACUGCCACAAUUUUUCACUGUUUCGAAUACAAUGAUGACUUUUUUGUGACACAUUAUUGACCAUUGUACUUUGUGUUUAAAUGUAAAAUUUUAGUUGAAUGUCGUAAUGUACUUGAGUUUAUAUUUUUUCUUUUUGUUUAAUUAAAAAAUAAUAAUAAAAAAUAAUACUUUAAAAAAACAAAUAAUAAAAAAAACAAACAUCAAUGUUAAGAUGAAUAUGUGCACGUGAAAUUGUGUGUGAUCGCACCUUUAUAGUGAUAAAAGUGAAAUUCGUUUUAAUUUAAAACGCUAAAAAACAAUAAAAACCAAAUUAAAAAGAAACAAAAACUUUAAUUACAAGCUGAUUGUGCGGUUCAUGUGUGUUGCAAUUCAAACCAAAAUUACCGGUUACCACUCAAAAUCAAUAAAAAAAAAACGCAAAGUAAUCGACCUUCAAAAUAAAGCCGCUUAAAGAAAGCAGUCACCUUCAAUAGUCGGAUGCUGUAAUUGUUCACACAUUUCGGAUACAAACAAAUUGCCAUCGAAAGAAAGAGAAAAUUUUAAAAGCAACAACAGUUGCAGUUUUCACACAAUCGUCAAACCACGAAAAGAAAAAAUAACAAUAAAAUCAGAUUUAAUCAAAAUGUCUUCAAGCGAAGAGCCAGUAGAUGCAGUAGAGGCCGUGCAACAACAACAAACUACAAAUGCCAGUGGGGUCGAUAAGGCGAAUUCAAAUUCGCACAUUACUAUCGACAUCGAUGUGAAACGAAACGGUUUUACCGACAAAAAUGACUGUUCCAUUGCAACACUGACGAACGGGGCCACAAAGCAACAAGACGAUAAACAACAACAACACGAUCAAUACCAACACCAACACAGCAACGAUCGUAUGAAUAGCACAAACACAACAGACGUGCAAAAUAAUCUCUCCGGCCAUUCAACGCAAUCACAAUCACAGCGCUCUUCAGUUCUUUGUCGAGUCGUGUUAGCGACGGUUGGUGUUGGUCUUUUAGCCGCGAUUGUAACGCUUAUUUGGUACUACAUGGGUUGGACAUUCGGUUUACCCGCACUCCUCAUCGCUCUGCUGGUGAUCUUGCUAACGAAACCAGGUUGGCGAUGGUUUUAUAUAGCCGGUGCAACAGCUAAACGAGAUUUAACAGCCCUCUUUGCCUACGUAAAGUUGUUGACUCUGAUUAAGAAAUAUGAGAAGAAAAAUUUCACUAUUGCCGAUAUAUUCCAAAUAAAUGUUGCCAAUUUCCCCGAUAAGGUUGCCAUUGUCAGUGAAACACAAUCAUGGACAUUCCGUCAACUGAAUGAAUUCUCCAAUCGCAUAGCCAAUGUUUUACAUGGUCAUGGCUAUAAGAAAGGUGAUGUUGUUGGUUUGCUUUUGGAAAAUCGUCCAGAAUUUGUUGGCACCUGGUUGGGUCUGUCGAAAAUUGGCGUUAUUACACCACUUAUUAACACUAACUUACGUGGCCCAUCUCUGUUGCACAGCAUCACUGUAGCCAAAUGUUCCGCCUUUAUUUAUGGCGAAGGUUUCGUAGAAGCUAUGAAUGAUAUUUCUAAGGAACUUCCUUCAAAUAUUUCUUUAUAUCAAUUUAAUAACGAGGCCAAUCAGCCGGUUAAUGGUACAGCAAAAGAUUUGACAACUCUAUUAGAAGCUGCCCCUAAGGAUAAAUUGCCCGCCUCCGUAGAACGUCCAUCACAUCAUGAUAAAUUGGUGUAUAUUUAUACUUCGGGAACAACAGGUUUGCCUAAGGCUGCUGUUAUCUCUCAUUCACGAUACCUUUUCAUUGCUGCUGGCAUUCACUUUACCUUGGGUUUCCAACAGAAAGACAUAUUCUAUACUCCACUACCUUUAUACCAUACAGCUGGUGGUAUUAUGAGCAUGGGUCAAGCAAUGAUAUUCGGAUCAACAGUUGCCAUACGUAAGAAGUUUUCAGCUUCCGGUUAUUUCGCCGAUUGUGUCAAAUUUAAUUGCACGAUUGGUCAAUACAUUGGUGAAAUGGCUCGUUACAUUUUGGCCACCCCUCCAUCGGAAAAUGAUACCAAACAUAAAGUUCGUCUGAUUUUCGGUAAUGGUUUACGUCCUCAAAUAUGGCCUCAGUUCGUUGAACGUUUCAAUAUCGGCAAGGUGGGUGAAUUUUAUGGUGCCACCGAAGGUAACGCCAAUAUUAUGAAUCAUGACAACACAGUUGGCGCUAUUGGUUUUGUCUCCAGAAUUCUACCCCAAAUAUAUCCUAUUUCAAUUAUACGUGCUGACCCCGAUACCGGUGAACCUAUUCGUGGCCCUGAUGGACUCUGUCAGCUGUGCAAACCCAAUGAACCUGGCGUUUUCAUUGGUAAAAUCAUCAAGGGUAACCCGUCCAGAGAAUUCUUGGGUUAUGUAGAUGAAAAGGCGUCUGCUAAAAAGGUGGUGUGCGAUGUAUUUAAAAAGGGCGACAUGGCUUUCUUAUCAGGUGAUCUUCUGGUGGCUGAUGAAAAAGGAUACUUGUAUUUCAAGGAUCGUACCGGAGACACUUUCCGUUGGAAGGGUGAAAAUGUAUCCACUAGCGAAGUAGAGGCCCAAGUUAGUAAUGUUGCUGGAUACAAGGAUACCAUUGUUUAUGGUGUUAAUAUUCCUAAUACAGAAGGUCGCGCUGGUAUGGCAGCCAUCUACGAUCCAGACGGUCAAGUUGAUCUUGAUAAAUUUAGCCAGAACUUGGCUAAAGUUCUCCCUGCAUAUGCCAGACCACAAUUCUUGCGCUUCCUCACAAAAAUUGAUCUUACCGGAACAUUUAAGUUGCGCAAAGUCGAUUUGCAAAAGGAAGGCUACGAUCCCUAUAAACUCAGUGAUGCUCUUUACUAUCUAACGCCGAAAGGCAAAUACGAGCCACUUACCAAAGAAAUUUACGACAAAAUCUGUAGAAACGAAAUGAGGUUCUAAGAAUCAAAACAUAGAGGGCUGGCAUUGCGUUGCGUUGCCGUGCCGUACUUUUGGGUUUCUUGUUAUUUAAUUGUUAGACGAGUUUGUUAAUGACCUUUAGCAUUUCUACUCUAUUCUUUUUUGUUUCUAGUUUAAAUAUGAAGGCGGAAGUGGAUAUCUUGUUCUGUUUAUGUUCGUAUGUAUUUGCGGGAAAUAGACUAUUUAAAUAAAAAUUAGUUUUAGUAUACUUACGUGUGUAAUUAAUUAAUUUUGAUAUUGUUUUCUAUUCUAGUAUUUGUUUUGUUAUAAUUUUAUUAUUAUUUUUAAAUUUUUUAUGUUUAGAAAAAAACUUAAGUGUAAAUUUAUUAUUACUAUUUUAUUGUAAUAUUUGUAAAUUGUUUAUUACUGUUUACUUAUUCAAUAAGUUUAAUCGUGAUACGUUUUAUGUGCUACUAUAGAUCCUCCACAAUGAGUCUUUGGUUUCUAUAUUUAUUUCCUAUUAUAAAUUAAACAAAUAAAAUCAAUGAAAA